AUGUCCAAUGGCUCCGGCAAAGGCGGCUCCAAGUCUUCCUUCCACUUCGUAGCCGGCCUCGGGUCCGGCGUCCUCUCGGCCGCGCUCCUGCAGCCCAUCGACCUACUCAAGACGCGCGUGCAGCAGUCGGGCCACCAUAGCCUCGCCCGCUCGCUGGCCGAGAUCCGCGCCUCCCCCGCCGGCCUGCGCGGGCUCUGGCGCGGCACCGUCCCGUCGGCCCUGCGCACCGGCUUCGGCUCCGCCCUGUACUUUAGCUCUCUCAACGCCAUCCGCAAGGCCGCCGCCGUCAACAUCCCCUUCCUAGCCGUCCCGCCGCCGUCGUCUGGCGCAUCCCGUCAAGAUGGCCGCCCACACGUUGCCGGCGGCAGCAGUAGCAGCAACGGCAGCAGGGGGGGCGACAGCAGCAGCAGCAGGCUGGUCAAGCUGUCCAACACGGGCAACAUGCUGGCCGGGGCGACGGCGCGCGGGUUCGCGGGCUUCGUGCUGAUGCCGCUGACGGUCAUCAAGGUGCGGUACGAGUCGUCGCUGUACGCGUACCGCUCCAUCGCCGGCGCCGGCCGCGACAUUCUCCGCUCCGAAGGUCCCCGCGGCUUCUUCGCCGGCUUCGGCGCCACCGCCAUCCGCGACGCCCCCUACGCGGGGCUCUACGUGCUGCUGUACGAGCAGGCCAAGCGCCGCCUGAGCGCGCUCUCCUCCUCCCGCUCCGUGGGUGACGACGACGGCGGCAACGACGACAAAAACAAAAAUAACAAAAACAACAACAACAACAACAGGAUGGGCGUCUCGCGCGCCGCCGCCGUCAACUUCAGCUCGGGCGUGCUGGCGGCCACGGCGUGCUCGGUCGUGUCCAACCCCUUCGACGCCGUCAAGACGCGCAUCCAGCUGCAGCCGCACCGCUACCGCAACAUGCUCCGCGCCGCCGCCACCAUGCUGGCCGAGGAGGGCGCCCGCUCGCUCUGGGACGGCCUGGCCCUGCGCAUGACCCGCAAGGCCCUGAGCUCCGCCCUCGCCUGGACCGUGUACGAGGAGCUCAUCAUGCGCGCCGAGCUCAGCUGGAGCGUGGGCGGCGGCGGAGGCGCCCAGGCCGAGAAGGCGCUGUGA